ACACACACACACACAGAUAUUUAUAAUUAUCGGGUUUAACAGCGCGGAGCCUCCUCUCUCUCUCUCUAAAGACAGUGAUAUAAAUAUAUAAUUAAGGUCGUGCUGCGCUGGGUUAGGUGUUCUCCUCCUGCCUCCUUUACUCGGAGCGUUAUACGCCGGGUGACAUUGGCCGCUCUCCCCGCGGACCCCGCGCUGUUCCAGAGCCCCGCUCUCCUCCUCCGGUACUGCGGGGACACCGCGGCGGUGGUCGGGGUGUGUGUUACUGUAGAGAGUGUAUAUAUUUUACAGCAGAAUGUUUAUAUUAAACACCGCACCAGAGCUCCAGCGCUGCGGACCUGUAGAGCUCAUCACUGGAUAACGGCCACAAUCAGCCCCGCUCACUCACAGCAGCUGCGUCCGUCCUAUCAGCUCACCUAACCUACCUAGUUUCUAGGAAACAAGAUCAGGAGCUGCGGACCUGAAAAUGGACUCCAUUUCCUUGAUGGGCGGAAGCCCUGCUGCCACCAAAGCUUCCUUCUUACCCAACGGACUGAAGAAUGGACCCAGGGAAGGAGCCUGCAAGCCCACCAUCACCAUCAUCGGCUCCGGAGACUUCUCCAAGUGUUUGGCAAUUCGUCUCCUCCGCAAUGGCUUUCACGUAGUGGUGGGCAGUCGCCAGCCCAAGCGUGCUGCCGAGUUCUUUCCCCAUGUGGUGGAUGUGACCCACCAUGAAGAUGCGGUUGGAAAGGCCUCCAUGGUUUUCCUGGCGAUUCACAGAGAACACUACUCUUCUCUCUGGGACAUUAAGCACCUGCUCGCUGGAAAGGUGUUGAUAGAUGUCAGUAACAACAGGAGGUUGAAUCAGUACCCAGAAUCCAAUGCAGAGUACCUCGCUUCCCUUUUUCCAGAGUCCAUUGUGGUCAAAGCGUUUAAUGUCAUCUCGGCUUGGGCUAUGCAGUCAGGCCCCAAAGACGCCAGUCGGCAGGUGUAUGUCUGCAGUAACUCUGUGGAGGCGAGGCAGCAGGUCAUUGAGAUGGCCAGGCAGCUCAGUUUCAUCCCAGUGGACAUGGGUACUCUGUCCUCGGCCAAGGAGAUUGAGAAUAUGCCGUUACGCCUGUUCUCAGACUGGAAAGGUCCCGUUCUGACCGCAGUCGCCCUGUCCAUCUUCUUCUUCGCCUACUCUUUUGUUCGGGACAUCAUCCACCCCUACAUGAAGAACAGGCAAAGCUUCUUCUAUAAGAUCCCUCUGGAGAUGGUCAACAGGACACUGCCUGUAGUGGCUAUUACCCUGCUGGCACUGGUGUAUUUAGCAGGGCAGCUCGCUGCUGCACUCCAGCUUUUGUACGGGACUAAGUAUAGACGCUUCCCCCACUGGCUGGAGGGCUGGUUGCAAAGCAGAAAGCAGCUGGGCCUGCUGAGCUUCUUCUUCGCCUGCGUGCAUGUGCUCUACAGCCUCUGCCUGCCUAUGAGAAGAUCUGAGAGAUAUCUGCUGCUCAACAUGGCCUACCAGCAGGUCCAUGCUAACAUUGAGAACUCGUGGAACGAGGAGGAGGUGUGGAGAGUGGAGAUGUAUGUGUCUUUUGGAAUAAUGAGUCUUGGACUUCUCUCCCUCUUGGCUGUUACCUCCAUUCCGUCAGUACACAGCGCCCUGAACUGGAGGGAGUUCAGCUUUAUCCAGUCUACUCUUGGCUACAUUGCCCUUCUUAUUGCUACAUUCCACACGCUGCUGUUUGGCUGGAAGCGGGCUUUUGAAGAGGAGGCCUAUCGUUUCUACUUGCCGCCCAGCUUUGUGCUGGCUCUUGUUCUGCCUAUAACCGUGAUCAUAGGGAAAGGUGUGCUGCUGCUGCCCUGCGUGGCCUGGAGGCUGAAGAGGAUCCGCCGUGGGUGUGAGAGCAGCCAGCGGUACUCUGACCAUGAGAGGCCUGCUGCCCACGUGUCCCCAGAGAGAGUGACCAUAAUGUAACUCAACCAGUCUCAUCCCUUCUCUGCAGUGCUCAGCAGCCUCUACUGCCCUGCUAGGACCAACCAACUGAAGCCACUGUUGCUUUUUAACUGUGUAUGUGUGGUUUUUUUUUUAUUUUAUUUUUUAAAUCGUGGUUGUCAUGAGGCCAGUCACAAGAUGCUUGUAGGAACACAUAGAAUAAAGGAGCCAACCUUCACUGCUCCAAAGCUUUGCUCUCACGUGGCUCUCAAGGACCUCUUUUACACUGCGCCUCUGCUCCGGGUAUCCCAGUUCACACUGACCUGUGUAACUUACUGAACCCUGUCUAUAAGCCUUGUAAGACCAUGAAGUGACAUUGAAAGACUGUGUAAAGUUUCUUGCUCAGUAACUUUAAUUCAGUUGUACUGUGUUUGUGUUAUUUUAGUUCUAGUUUCCUACACAUGAAGUGUAGGGCUGUCCUGAACCGCUUGAACACUCAAAUUAAAUUUUUUGUUACGAAUUUUAGCAGAAUUCUACACCAAUCAAGCAUAACAUUAUGACAACCUACUUGUUUUUGUACCCAUUAUUCUUUCAGCGUCACUGAGUCCAUAUGAGCACUUUAUAGUUUAAUAAUUAAAGCCUAUAGUCCUUCUGUUUCUCACAGGACCUGCAGGACUGCUACAGAAUAUGUAUUAUUUGGGUGGUGUUGUGUUAGUGUGUGUUGUGAUUGUACAAGUCACGAAGGAUGAGAUACAGCUGUGCUGCUGGAGGAUUAAACACAUCAGUAUCACUGCCUGAUUUCUGGACAGCUGGAAUAAUUCACCAACAGCAUCCUAAAACACACCAUGCCAGGACUUAUUUUUUUUUUUACCAUUGCGUGAAUUAAACAGGCAAAAUGUAUUGUUUUGCCUUUUAUAGAAAAAGCAAUUACUAUUAUAGAAAUGUCUAUGAAACACUAAGCAUUUUAACAUGCUAGUAGAUAAAUGAACAAAGCACAAUUUGACUUAAAUUAACAAAAAAAAAAUUGCAAUUAUUUGAAACAUCUGAAUACUUUUCACCUAUUUGACCUAUUUUUGUCAUUUUUAAACAAAUCAUUUUAGUUGCCAAAUAUUCUGUGCAUUCCUACUGUUUAGUGUUCUUGUUUGUCUUUGGAUUGUCCUUUUCCUUAAGCCACAACAGUUGUUGCCUAAACUUGCUAAAAAAAAAAAAAAACUUGUAGCCUUAACAUGAUACAAUUCAUCCACAAAGGCUUUUACAUAAACGAGGUGUUAAUAAUGUUGAUAAUACAGGGACAACGUUACAAAAAAGGAAAUUACUUCUGGUUUAAUGCAUCAGUGUAAACAAGCCUCAAACACUCCAACUUUACUUGCAGCUCAGGCAAAAACAGCAAAAUGCCUCAGAUAUGAAGGAUAUUAGCAGAUAAUAAAAAUAAAUUAAUGAAGUGAAAAAUGUAGUGCUAUAGGAUCUGAUAAAGGCAUGACAGGGUUGAUGAAUCAUCUUGGAUAUAUCAGUAUGAUCAUUAUCUGUGAAAGAACUACAUGCAUAUUUACUUAUUUAUGCCUAUGAAAAACAGGAAGAAAACACUUUUAAUAUAUUCACAACUGAUUGCAGUUCAUUUGCAUCAUCACCAUUAUAUACUUCUAAAACGUGAUGUCCGUCUACUGAAUGAGAAACAGUGCGCUCCAUCAUUUUAUUUAUAUAUUUAUGUAUUUCGUAUUUAUCCAUCAUCACAUUUUUAGUUAAAUAAUUCAUAUGUUUUUUAAAUGCAGACUUUAGGUUUAAGUAAAUGUAAAUUGCGAUGUUGCAGAGUUUUCAGCAGUUUUGUCUUGUCAUCAGAUACAGAAAGUCUCGUCAUAUUUACAUGGUAAACCUGAAAUGUAUAAAACGUACAUUAAGACGUUAAGAAGAUCAGAAGAUGAGUGUGCACUUAUACAUGAGUACAGUAUUAAAAGGGUUGUAAUUAUAAAUUAUAUUAAUAAUAAUUAACUGAGUAACUCAGGGUCAGUUUUGGUUUAUGUCUGACAAAUCAUUUGAUCAGAUUAUCCAAAGAAAAAUAAUAUAUAAAUGGAUAAUCUGAUAUUAUCUAUUAUCCUACAUUAUUACAUAAAUACUUAAUGUUAGAACCAAUGUAUCAUGUAUUUAAGCACAUAUGCCAGUUUUCUAGUCUUUACAAGAAAUUAGAACAGCUUACUUUAGGAGAAGGAAAAAGACAGUAUUAAGAUAGUGUCAGUAUCUGUGUCAGACAUGAAAACAUUCUUAUUCUAAUGACAGUAAUGGUAAUAAUGUUUUAAACAGGAUGGAGAGCACUAUAGAUGAUGAUGUAGGUUAAUUUGUGGCUGUGUUGCUUGGCAGAUGUAUUUGUCAAAAGGCUUUCCAUCUGUACUACCAGCAAUACUAAGAAACAAGGCCUCAAACCUCUGCACAGCCUCAAUACUCUUUUGCAGAAUUGAUGACCUGUUAUAUAAACUGUAUUAAACAUUGCUCUGUACAUCAGUGACUCUAACAUAUAUCUCACUUUUCGUUUAAUAUGUGCUAACCUGAGCUAGAAUAGAUAAAUACAUAUUCAUAAUGCUUUGGUGUACACAUGAACAUGUCAAGUGAUCAGAAACAUAUUCUCAAUAUUCUUAUUAUGGUAAUCAUGUACAGUGUACAUUGUUAAAUUAUUUGGAAGAAUUGGGAGUUGUAGGUUAGCAGGGUAAAUUUUGGUGUACAUGCAAGGCAGCACUAAAGUGUACUGAUCAGGUUAUCUGAUUCCAGAACCUGGCUUCAUUAUACUGUAUCUUCCAGCUGGAGCAGCAUCACUUGUUUACUGUGACUAUGGUGUUAUUAUAUUUUAUUUAACUGUGCCAAAGCACAACAUAAAGUAAUAAAAUGGAAUAUGUA